CCGUUAGUCUCUUUCGAACAAAAUUAAAAAGAAAAAUGGUUAUCGUCCUAUGCCGUUGCAGAAAAUUUCAAUGGCGCAAGAAGGCUUUCAGAUUGUGCCCUCCCCUCCAUCAAAAUAAAGGACUUAUUCUGGUGUGUCCACAUCUCAUCCUUCGACGUAACGUGCUGAUAAGUCAUGUAUGUCCUCUGCUUAAUCUCAGCUUAUCUUUGGACUCGAGGAUUUUCCGUAACCUGAGCCAGAAGGUAGACAAUGUGAAGAAGGAAGAAUAUGAACGAAUUUUCAUUGUAAGAAACUUAGCUGGUCUUUGGACUUCCCGUAACCUGAAUCGCAGCAGAAGGUAGAGAAGCUGAAGAUCUGAGAACACUAAGCCUUUUCUUUGUAAGGUAUAUGUACUUAAACUGGGCAGG